AUGUCUAACCUGUAUGAUUGUACCUUUUGUUUUGAAGAUGAAGGUAGAGAUUUUCGUAAAAUAACUUCAAAAUGUGUUCAUAGAGCCGUAGUCUGUACAGAAUGUGUUCGUAAACACAUUGAAACAUACAUUGAAAAGCAACUUGUUGAAGUUCCUUGUCCAACAAACGGAUGUACAAAAAUAAUGGAAAGACAUGAUAUCAAAAAUUUCACAACAGAUAAAAACUUUGAAAUAUAUGAUUCGCUUGCUUUCAAACUUGCGAUUCAUAAAAUUCCAGAUUUUAGAUGGUGCAAAGCCCUUUGUGGAACCGGACAAAUUCAUCUUGGAAAAGAUGAAACACCGAUUGUUAUCUGUCAAACGUGUAACGCAAAAUCAUGUUAUACUCACAAAGUUAGCUGGCACGAGGGUCAGACUUGCGAACAAUAUGAAGAGAAUAAGAAACAAACCGACUUUGCUACCAAAGAUUAUCUUUCACGAAUAUCAAAACCAUGUCCAAAUUGUUCGAUGUAUAUCGAUAAGAAUGGAGGUUGUAAUCACAUGACCUGUAAAUGUUCAUAUGAGUUUUGUUGGUUGUAA